AGGGCCGGAUCUCGUUCUACAUGACCAACUACGGCGAGGAGGGGACGCACGUGGGCAGCGCCGCCGCGCUCGACGCCUCCGACCUCGUCUUUGGGCAGUACCGGGAGGCAGGUGUGCUGCUGUACCGGGGUUACCCCCUGGAGCUGUUCAUGGCGCAGUGCUACGGCAACGCCAGCGACCCCGGCAAGGGCCGGCAGAUGCCGGUGCACUACGGCUGUCCCGAGCGUCACUUUGUCACCAUCUCGUCCCCGCUGGCCACGCAGAUCCCGCAAGCGGUGGGCGCGGCCUACGCCAUCAAGCGCGCGGACGCCAGCCGGGCGGUGGUCUGCUAUUUUGGGGAGGGGGCUGCGAGCGAGGGCGACGCCCACGCCGGCUUCAACUUCGCCGCCACCCUCGAGUGCCCGAUCGUUUUCUUCUGCCGCAACAACGGCUACGCCAUCUCCACCCCCACCUCCGAGCAGUACCGCGGCGACGGCAUCGCGGCGCGGGGUCCCGGUUACGGGCUGCUGUCGAUCCGCGUGGACGGCAACGACGUUUUCGCGGUGUACAACGCCACGCGGGAGGCGCGGCGCCGCGCCGUGGCCGAGAACCAGCCCUUCCUCAUCGAGGCCAUGACCUACCGGAUCGGGCACCACAGCACGAGUGACGACAGCUCGGCGUACCGCUCGGUGGACGAGGUGAAUUACUGGGACAAGCAGGAUCAUCCCAUCUCCCGGCUCCGGCACUACAUGGCCCGCAGGGGCUGGUGGGACGAGGAGGAGGAGAAGGCCUGGAGGAAGAGCUCCCGGAAAAUGGUGCUGGAGGCGUUCGAGCAGGCGGAGCGGGAGCCGAAGCCGCCUCCUCACCUGCUCUUCUCCGACGUUUACCGGGAGAUGCCCCCGCGGCUGCGGCGGCAGCGGGAGGAGCUGCAGCGGCACCUGGAGACCUACGGGGAGCACUACCCGCUCCAGAACUUCCAGAAGUGAGCCGGGAAUCCCGGGAAUCC